UAAGAAAAAGAGUAGACAACUGGGCUUGGAUUCUUUUUUCUGCAAAUAAUCGAAGGUGGUCGUGAGAUGUUGAGUGCUCAGUGCGGCUGGGUACUGGGUUGUCUCGUGUUCACCUUGCUGCACCAGAGGGCGCAGGCCGCAGCCGCUGCUGAAGGCACUCUGCGCCACUCCUCGCCGGAAGAAACCACCGCGGACCCCGACUCCGAGAGUGUGACGUGCUACACAUGUGUGAACGUCUCCGACAAUUUGGUGUGCAACAGGUUUGCCAUAGACAGGCCUUGUCCUCAAGGGGAAGACUUCUGCCACACGCUGCACAUCAUGGACUCGCGCGGCCACAGCGUCAUCGUCAACAAGAAGUGCACGGACCGCUCUGAGUGCUCGCCUAAACGGGUCGGCUGCCUCGACAUCGACACCCAGAAGGUGUGCGUGUCGUGCUGCGACGAGAUGUACUGCAACGAGUCGGCGCCCAGCAACCACACCACGGCCACAUACUCGGCCACGCGCGCCCGCAGGAGAGAGCAGCGCCUGCAGCGCCUAGGCGCGCCCGCCGGCGGCGGCUGCCGCCACGGCUGCCUGCUGACGUCCUUCGCCCUGGCGGCGCUGGCGCGCGCUUGA